AUGUCCUCGAGCGAGGUGAAACCCAAGCGUGGGCCCCCCAGUCACACCCCGUCGCCUCGUUCUGACGGGAAGGAUCCCAAGCGGCCGAAGCUCGAUGGCCACCCGGUUAUUGACCUAACCGGAGACUCGGAAGACGAUGACGCCCCUCCCGCUUUGCGCCAACGCCUCCUCACCUCCUCCUUGCAGUCUCCUCUACCUGCCCCCGACGUUCAAGGCGAUGCAAAUGUCGAUGACCGUGCCCCUGCGGCAGGCGCCAGCGCUGGCGACCAUCAAGAACCCUUUGCCGACAACGAAGCCGGAGAACUUCUCGCUGUCCGUCCGGCUACGCCGGUAAUGAGGAACUCUCCGCCCCAACCGGCUCCGAUUGUCCAGCCUCCUCGAAGCUCUUCCCCCGAGCUGACGGCUAUCGAGGUCGUCGACCUCACCGGUGGCGAUUACGAGGAGCGUCAGAGAUCCCCGCGCUCCCCCACCCCCUCACUCGACUAUCGGAUUGCGCUGUGGACGCAGGAAACGCGCGAGUUUGCCGGCAGACUGAUACUGGAGCCUCCCGAACAUGCCCGUUUCUCCGCCCAAGAAGCAUGCAGGGGCCCUCUCUGGGUCGACAACGUCCCGCGGAUAAUCAUUUUCUGCGACGGGUCGAGCAAGCUGACUCCGUUGAUGACAUGGGAGGGUACCAAUGGCGGCUAUGGGGUUGUGCUUCGGGAUCCAUGGGCCGCUGCUAAUGAAGAAAAUGGUCAGGUGCAGGAGGCAUUUGAGGUCUGCUCGUGGUCAAUCCAAAAGAUGUACUCCAGCAGCCAGGCUGAGCUGGCUGCCAUCACUCAAUCCAUCGACACUUCGCUUCGUUUGCGGGAGAAGCACCGCCGCGCUCCCAAGUUUGAGGUGCGGAUCUUUACCGACUCGAAAGAGUGUUGGCACCGGCUACGCAGGGGCCUAAACCAAAGGCCUGAAAGAUUUUCUUUCAGACAUACGGAGCCCAUCCUCCGUGCCGUCGUCUGGUUGUCUCACCGUCUGAAAAUUAUGGGUGGCGACUUGGAGGUGCGUUGGAAUCCUCGGCGAUGCGCAAUCGGUCCUGAGCUGGCUGAUGAUGCGGCAGGUGUUCAUUAUCGCGAUGUCGAUCCCGAGGUCUUUAAUCAGCGAAACGUUCGGUUGCUUGAGCGAGAUGGCAUCUUGGGCAUGGUCCACGAAGAAAUUAGCGCCAUUGUUCGGGAGCGUGUAACCCCUCCUCCGAUGCCUUUUCCUUUGCCGGAUUGGUUUGGUGAGAGAUAA